GGUGCCAGUGAUCACAGUCCAUUUUUGGCAUCGGUACCGGGUGCCCGAGUUGUGAGGGAGUAAGUGCGCAGAGCUACAUUUUCGGCUAUUUCGAUAGUUGACAAGCGGUGUUCGCGGUUUAUUGUUUUUGGGGAGCCUACAAAUUCGUGCGUUCCAGAGCUUUUUGGAUUAGUAGCGGUCGAGAGUUCAACGAGUUUCGAUCAAGAUGAUGCUGUUUGUUGUAGCAUCAACAUUGCUUGCGCUUGCGCGAACAGACGCAAUCAACGUCGCCACUUCGUACAGUUCGUUCCACCACGAGCAGCAUCCACAUGCCCAGCUUCAUCAGAAACCUUCCGUGUUUGCCUCAUCGGAACACGUCGUCCAUAGCAUCCCACAAUACGCCCCACUGAUUGCUCCAAAGUCCAAGUACACGGUCCCAUUCUUGAGCGCCUACAACCAGGCCACCCAGUGCCCAGCUCCACCAGUCUGCACUAAGUCACGCUACCGUACCCUCGAUGGCUCCUGCAACAAUCUGCAAAACCCAGCCUGGGGUACACCUAACCGCCCAUACGGUCGUCUGCUCACUCCAAAGUACGGAGAUGGCGUCUCUAGCCCAACCACUUCCGUCACUGGACAGGAUCUGCCAAACUCCCGACUGGUUUCGCUGGUUGUUUUCGGCGAAGAGGAUGUCCCAGAUCCACAGUUCACUCUGGCUAACAUGCAGUGGGGACAGAUUAUGACGCACGACAUGAGUCUGCAAGCUGGUGGUACUCAGUCCAAGAAACACGCUACCCAAUGUUGUACCGACGAUGGAAAACUGAUCGACAAGGCCACCGCUCACAAGACCUGUUACCCAAUGUUGGUGCCAGAGCAUGAUCCAGCCCACUCUCAAACCGGAACCGAGUGUGUGAACUUCGUUCGUACACUGACCACCCGCGAUGAUCCAUGCUCGCAAACUCAUCCCAGCCAGCCAGCUGAACAGCUCACUACAGUCACCUCGUGGUUAGAUUUGUCUCUUGUGUACGGAAACUCCGACCAACAGAACGCUGGAAUCCGUGCCUUCACCGGUGGACGUAUGGCAACCGUUGAACGUAACGGCUACGAGUGGCCACCAAACAAUCCAAAUUCCACCACCGAAUGCGAUCUGGUUUCUCGCGAUGAAAUUUGCUACCUUGCUGGCGAUAGCCGUGUAAAUCAGAACCCAGGUCUUACCAUCCUGCAGAUUAUCCUCCUCCGCGAGCACAACCGCAUUGCCGAUCAGCUCCAAAAGUACAACCCACACUGGGACGAUGAACUGCUGUUCCAAGAAGCUCGUCGCAUCAACACCGCUCAGUAUCAGCACAUCAACUACUACGAAUGGCUUCCAAUCUUCCUUGGCAAAGAAAACAUGCUCAAGAACCGUCUGAUCUACAACGUCAAGGGAGGAGACUACAUCAACGACUACGACCCAUCCCAGGAUCCCUCUGUGCUGAACUCUCACGCUACCGCUGCUUUCCGUUACUUCCACUCCCAGAUUGAAGGCCGUCUGGAUCUCGUCUCCGAAGUUCGCAAGCCCACUGGAUCGCUCCGCCUCAGCGACUGGUUCAACCGUCCGUCGAUCAUCGAAGCCGGUGACAACUACGAUUUCCUGACCCGUGGUCUCGCUACCCAGCCCGAGGAGCUUACCGACAUCAACUUCGACGCCGAGAUCAAACACUUCCUGUUCCGUCGUGGACGUCCAUUCGGUGGUGAUCUGCGUGCCUUCGACAUCCAACGUAACCGUGACCAUGGUCUGGCCGGAUACAAUGACUACCGCGAGUUCUGUGGAUUCAAGCGUGCCAACACAUGGGAGGACUUCCUGGAUCUUAUCUCGGCUCAGGACGUCUCCAAACUGCAAUCGCUAUACCUGAGCAUCGACGAUGUGGACGUAACCGUUGGAGCUUCCCUGGAAGCCCACGUAAACGGUGCCCUGGCUGGGCCAACCUUCCUGUGCAUCUUGACCGAGCAGUUCUACCGCACCCGUGUUGCCGAUCGGUACUUCUUCGAGCGUGGCGACAAGGACAUUGCCUUCACCCGCGAACAGCUGGCUGAAAUUCGCAAGGCAAGCAUGGCUCGUCUGUUCUGCGACAACGGAAACCACGUAGCCUCGAUGCAGCCAAAGGCCUUCUGGAGACCAUCCGCCAACAACCAGGUCGUACCAUGCUCGCAGAUCCCAGAGGUCGACCUGAGUCUGUGGAAAGAUUUGUCGUACGACGACAACCUGCACUCGUUCCACUAUUACCACAACUAUAAGAAAUAAGCUUAGAACUGAAGCCAGUCAGCGUAUCGUAACUCAGUAGUUUAUUCCUACCCCACAUACUGCCGGAAUACUGAUUCCUCCGGGGUCAACCAACCAUACUUUUUGUUCAAAAUUGACGCAUUUCCAUUUUUUGUUUGUAUUUGGCUUGAACAACUCUGUGUGAUAUUGUAUUUGCUUUUUUUAUGUCUUUAUUUUUGUGGACACGUGUUUGGAAUAUUUUGCUAUGAAAAAAAAACUCUCGAAACAAUUCCCAACUGCAAACGAAUUGGUUUCUGCCGAUCAGCACAGCGAGAAAAAAAACUUCACCCACGUAUUUAGAUUAUUGUUUGCCAUAAUGUUGUGAGUGUAAUAAUUGUUAAAUUGAACAAAACAAAAGCAAAAGAUACAAAACAAAAACGAAACAGGACCUUAAGAACAACAGAGGCAAUCGAAACAAAAGAAGUUUUAAAAAAAAAAGUAAGAUAACGAAAAACCUGUGAGGUGUACGUGUAGGAUAACACAUCCCUUAUAUGGACAGUUGAAAUUCACCAGUUCAUCAUAAAUAUACACAUUUUCCAUUAUCGUCGUUAAUAGUAAUAGUGCUACGUUUUGUAUAGACUUAUUUAUUGUAUAGUGAAAUCGUGCGUACUCAAGUGUAACGUAUCAUUUGUUGUGAAUAA